AUGACUUCAAGCGGGGCUCGCAGACCAGAAAUCAGUGCAACAGCUUCAAGCAAAUCUGAUAUUGUAGAGAAUAAGGUAAAAUCUUCUUUGCUUCUGCCAAAAGGUGAUGUGUUGGUGAAGGAGGAAGAAGCUGAUGUUGUGACUAUUCUCCACAAGUUCAUCCCAAAUAUGAAAACAUUGCAUCUGCUCAAAAUGUUUAUGGCGGACAAUGAAGGUGUGAAGGACUUAGAGUACGGAAGUGGAUAA